GAAUAUAAUCCUGAAUACUCCUAAACCUACUCUUGUAAAUGUGCGGCCCAAGGGUGACUGUCGUGUAGUGUAGCAGUUUAGGGUUAACUUUAGGCCAGAGAUAAUACGCGCUGCUCUGUACAUUUUGUACUUUUCGUAUGUUCUGUUCCUAUUUCAUAUCCUGGUCAACUCACCAUAUAAGGAGUUGUUUUAUUAUACAUGAAAGAGCAGACCAUACACCCCCUAGAACAGGAGGAACCAGGAAUGUGGUUUCAGUGAAACUAGAAGGUACAGAGAAAAGCAAAAGAGUAUGUUCUCGCGGUUAUUGAACUGUGCAUAACUCCUGUGUGACCUUGAUACUGAGUGUGCAAAACACAUUCCAUAACUUUCUACUGCUGAUACUCCCUAUGCAGAAGUGUGUAUAUAUACGCCCUGACGCAGCUAUGUGUCAGGACACGCAGAGAAUAAACCAGAUUGAUUUAGACUCAUGUGGUUCGCUCUCUUCUUGUCCUCGGAGAUCUCCUGGUAACGCAUCUGAACAGCACGCAGCGCAAUCUUAACAAUUUGGUGACCCCGACGUGAUACUCUCAAUCAGUGUUCCUGUGGGCCAUGAGACUCAGCCCCUGUUUGCUUUCACACACAGGGGAAGACAAUACACGUGGACGCGGUUGCCACAGGGUUUCAUUGACUCACCGGCGGUCUUCACUGCCGUAUUGCGGGACGCGCUGGCUGAUCUCUGUCUUCCCCGGGACUCCACGGUGCUCCAGUACGCGGAUGAUCUUCUGGUAACGGCGGAGGAUCAAGACGCUUGUGCUGCCGCCACAUUGUCUCUCCUCACACUCCUGGCGCAGAAGGGUUUCAAGGUCUCCCGCACGAAGUUGCAGUUUUGCCUCACAACUGUUCGCUACUUGGGACAUGACCUCUCCCAGGGUUCCAGGAGGCUUAGCCCGGAACGCGUUCAAGUCAUUAUGGACACUCAGGUACCUGCAACCAAGCACGCUCUCAUGGCAUUUCUGGGCCUCAUCAAUUACUGUCGUCAAUGGAUCCCUGACUGUUCAAUCUAUGACAAUUGUUUGCGUUCAGCUAUAAGUCACUCAGAUCCUUUGACUCAGCCCCUGGUCUGGACUGAGGACAUGCUAACGGCCUUAAAGGCUCUGAAGCAAGCUUUGUGCUCCGCCCCUGCUCUCGGGCUGCCGAACUAUCGUUUGCCGUUUCACCUGUAUGUGUGCAAACAGAAGGGGACCGCCUCUGGGGUGCUGGCUCAGGAGCACGGGGGGGGCAUGCGACCUUGCGCGUUUCUGUCUAAAACUCUUGACGCUGUGGCACAAGGGCUUCCUGGCUGUCUUAGGGCUGUUGCUGCGUGUGCUCUCAUGGUCACGGACGCUGAAAAACUUGUUUUGUCGCAUCCGCUCAUUUUACACACUUCACAUGACGUCGUGUACAUUCUGCGGAAUCUUAGCACUCAGCAUUUGUCUGCUCAGCGUCGCUCUGGCUAUGAGUUUAUUCUUUUGGCCACAGAGCAUCUCACUGUUAAGCCCUCCUCGUCGUUUGAUUCUGUCGCCCACGCUCUUCAGCGUCUUCUUAACUCACAGGAUGACGAUGUUGCGUUUGACUCACAUGACUGUCUUUCUAAUAUCGUUUUUGAGACUAGCAUCCGCCCAGACUUACACUCCACCCCUCUUUCUACAGGCGAUUCUCUUUUUGUAGAUGGUUCCUGUUCCCGCCCUGCGGAUGGUGUGUUCCUGUGUGGUUACUCUGUCUGUCGCCUCCCUGAUGAAAUUGUUGAAGCUCAUUCUUUGCCUUUUUCUUCUGCUCAGGCUGCGGAGCUCUAUGCUUUGACUCGCGCAUGUAUUUUGGCUCAAGACACAGACGUUACUAUUUACACCGACUCACGCUACGCUUUCGGCGUGGCGCACGACUUCGGCCGCAUUUGGGCGUCUCGGGGGUUUACGACAGCCGACGGUAAGCCCAUUUCUCAUUCUUCACUUGUUACUGAUUUAAUCACCGCCUGUCUCCUUCCGUGCACGUUGGCCAUUGUUAAGACACGCGCGCACACAAGAGGGGACUCAUUUGAAGUAAAGGGCAAUUCAUUCGCUGAUCGAGUCGCUAAAGCUGCAGCCGCAUCCGGUGUCCUGCCUCCAGGCUUUAAUUGCGCUUUAGUUUCUACUGAUCGCAUGGUUAGCGCUGUCUUACCUGACAUAGAUCUCAUUUCUAUCCAGGCCUCGGCCUCUGUGGCAGAUACACAGUUCUGGGACGCCCAGGGCGCGACAGAGAAGAGUGGCGUUUUGCUUGACGCACAGGGCCGUCUUUGUUUACCUCGUCACUGUACUCCCUUUCUCGUCCGCGAGUUCCAUGGUCCCACUCAUCGCGGCCGAAGAGGGGUAGUGGAGGAUAUGAACAGAACAUUUUGCAUUAAUAAUUUGCACACAGACGCACACAACAUUCUGGACAAGUGUUUAACGUGCGCCCAGAAUAAUCUAUCUAAACCAGGCGCGGUACAUCAGCACCUUCCCAUACCCGACACGCCUUUCCAAGAAUGGCAGAUCGACUUCACUCACAUGCCAAAGCAGGGCCCGUUCAAAUACCUUUUGGUCAUGAUUGACAAAUUUUCACGGUGGAUUGAGGCUUUCCCGUGUAGCAAAGAGAACGCCCGAACAGCAGUGAACAAACUUACACAGGAAAUUAUCCCACGUUACGGUCUUCCGGUAGGAAUUGACUCUGAUAAGGGAACGCCGUUCACCUCUAAGGUAACGCAGGAGCUAUGUAAAGACCUCAAGAUCAAUUGGCGUUUUCAUAUCCCAUACCAUCCACAGUCCUCUGGCAUUGUGGAGCGCGCGAAUAGAACAAUUAAGGGUAAGUUGCGUAAGGCUAUGCAAGACGCAGGCACGAAAAAUUGGGUCCAAGUUUUACCGUUGGUCCUCGCUGAUAUGCGCAUGACUGCUCAGGUCGCUCUCGACAAUUUAUCUCCGUACGAGCUCGUCAUGGGACGCCCCUUUCCUGUCCCUUGGCGUAGAGGCAUGCAGGUUAUAGGAACGGGUGAUCUUGAAGUACAUCUCAGCGAGUACGCGGUGGGUCUCAUGCGGGUGCUGGAUGAGUAUUGGGCGAGAGUAAAUUCCAAAAAGCCUCCCAUUCCAGAGGCACACACUCACCCCUUUGAGGUAGGGGACAGAGUUUUAGUAAAGAGAUUCGCUAAACUAAACGCUCCCAUGGAGGAGUCACCCUACAGUGGGCCCACCGAUGUACUCGCUGUAACUCGCACGGCUGUACUAACGGACCUUUUUCCACAGUGGAUCCAUGCCAGCAGAAUAAAGAAGGCUCCAAUGUAAUAGAAAUCUAUAUUGUUGAUGCUUAACAGAUUUUUGUGUUUCAGAAAGUUGCUGUGACAAUAGCUGACGGCCUUUUCAGGGAUCCCCUUCCAGCAUCUGGAGCAAUCCAGUUUCGGCUGAUCUACAAAGAGGGGAUGGUUGGUGAGUCUUGCAAAGUUCUGGGCUGAAGAGUCUGAAAAGCACGGGAGCCUGUGACAUUUUUCGCCGUCUGCACCCUGUGAGCAUUAGAGAACAAAGUCAGUGACCAGUAUGACUUUCUUCAUCAUCGUGCUGAUCUCAACGCUUGGGGCAGGGUUACCCGCACAAGCAAUACACCGGGACCCAAGGGAUAACGAGUUUUGGAAAUAUAUAAACUUCACUGUAAAAACAUCAAUGAAUAUGAGUAUACCUUGUUAUGUGUGUUCUUUGUUACCCCAUGACAGCAGCGAUCCUUUUCCGGUCCGAAUAGCCCCAUCUAACUAUUCUAAGGUUAAUAUGACAUGGCUCAGCCUGUGGCCCUCGUAUACUCAAAUUAAGGUUUUCCUGACAGACAAUACAGACCCAGAGGUAAGGUUGUCAAUACACUGGGGUGUGAAUAAUACUCUGGGCUUGCGUCAGAGUAUUAAAGAGGGGAUUGUAAGAAUAUAAUCCUGAAUACUCCUAAACCUACUCUUGUAAAUGUGCGGCCCAAGGGUGACUGUCGUGUAGUGUAGCAGUUUAGGGUUAACUUUAGGCCAGAGAUAAUACGCGCUGCUCUGUACAUUUUGUACUUUUCGUAUGUUCUGUUCCUAUUUCAUAUCCUGGUCAACUCACCAUAUAAGGAGUUGUUUUAUUAUACAUGAAAGAGCAGACCAUACACCCCCUAGAACAGGAGGAACCAGGAAUGUGGUUUCAGUGAAACUAGAAGGUACAGAGAAAAGCAAAAGAGUAUGUUCUCGCGGUUAUUGAACUGUGCAUAACUCCUGUGUGACCUUGAUACUGAGUGUGCAAAACACAUUCCAUAACUUUCUACUGCUGAUACUCCCUAUGCAGAAGUGUGUAUAUAUACGCCCUGACGCAGCUAUGUGUCAGGACACGCAGAGAAUAAACCAGAUUGAUUUAGA